AUGGCGUCCAUUUCAGAGGCAGAAGAAGCAUUGCGAUCAACGAAGCAAAAAUCUAAUUUUCAGCGCUUGACACGGCUUCUGAUGUGCGGUGGUGCAGUGCUUUUAAGAGAGGUAUUCGACUCCAUCCACAGCCCCGCCAAUCUUCCCACAACGCUUAGUGACCCUUUAGUGGAAAGACAGCUGAGGAGAGCUAGACUUACCAGUCCAGAGUGGAAUUGUUUGAGCCCUUCCCCAGGGGUAUACGGCAAGUCGAGUGAUUUUGAUAUCAGUUUAAUCUUCAAGCUGCUGAAAACAAUAUGCAACUUGACCUCUCCCCCUACAGGAUGGGACAGCCUACCAAACGACUCCGACCAUAGCCUUGAAGCAGACCUGGCACGAAUAAAAUAUUAUCGCAAUGAAGUUUAUGGUCACAGCAACAAUUUGGAAAUUCCUGAUGAACAGUUUCUUGACCUCUGGGGGAAAAUCAGCGAAGCGCUGUUGAGGAUUGCAGCAAACCUUAGUACUGAAAAACAAAGCAACUGGAAAGAUGCUAUCGAGAAUUUUCUGCGUGACCCUUUAACGCCAGCGGAAGAAGGAUACGCCGAAGAACUAGAGCUGUGGUACCAAAAAGAGAUCGACAACACAAAAGUGUUACAAGAACUUGUUCAGGAAGUCAGAGAACUACGGAAGGACACAAGAGAUCAGCAAGACGGUCAGUUUAAGAUUUAAUUAAUUAAUUAAUCUUUACUCCUUCGCUACGGGUCUUGUCAUUUCGGGUCAAUUAUGGAGCGAUUAACAUUAUGCUUUUCUCAAGCGACUUUGUUUUCAUGUAAGUGAUUUAGUUCGCAAUUAACGAAAAGGUAGAUCUUUGCACAUCAGAUACCUCAUCUUGGAAAGUCUAACCGAUGCUGUCAGAGUUGCAGAAAGCUUACAAACAUCAGUUUUGGGAAAAUUCCACCGCCAAUUUCGCUAUUCACCUAAUACCAAGAGAGGAUAAAGGGGACAGAGAAGGCAUCCCCCAUACACACCCUAUUCCAUAGGUAAUUCGUCUCGAGUUAUUUUUAGAAUCGGGAUAAAGUUACCUCGCGCGCUGCGUGGAUAUUUCAUGGAGGUUUCGCAUAACUAAACGUCGUGCAAAACAUGUCGGGCGAAAGGCAAUAAUAAAAGCGUAAAGAGAUCGAGAGCAUUCGUCCUGAAUAUUGAAGCGAAAUGAGUCGGCGCUCACUUGGGAAAAGGGAAUCGCUGGCCUCUUUGAAACCGGUCGUUUGUACAAUAAAGCAAGUAGGACGCCAAAUAAAUAUCAAACUAGAAAUUGCUCUCUUCAAAUUGUAAAUUAUAAAUGAUCCUGAGAGAAUAUUCAGUGUGUUAAGGAUUUUCCUGCUGUACUGUUAGCUCUAUACAAGAGAGGAAGGGCGAUUCUUUUUUAAUUUCCGUUUCGCUGACACAGCUUUAGCAGAACACAUUCGUGCUAUGUGAUUGGCUGUUGUCUAAUCCCCCUCGAGAUCUGUGGUGUUAAAAAUAACUCGAGACGAAUUACCUACGGAAUAGGGUGUGUAUGGGGGAUGCCUUCUCUGUCCCCUUUAUCCUCUCUUGCCUAAUACUCUUUCGCAGGGUCUGAAGGGGCUUUUUUGGGAUCCGGGAUUUGACCAACAUACGGUGCGGGAUUCGGGACAGCGCAGAAUAUUUUGACGGGAAACGGGAUUUGACUGCUACAUCAAAAUGUGGGCGCGGGAUGCGGGAUUUUUUACCUGUCUGUCGGGAAGUCGGACUAGCGGCAAAUGCGAAUCAAACAGGCGACCAUUCAGUGAUGUCUCCUAUAUGAAAGCAAACAACAAAACGUGAUAUAGAAAAAAAGGAAAAAGAAAGAAAGAGAGCAAUAAAAGAGGAAUGCAGUCUAAAUCUUUGCGGUAAAUUGUCAUACUAGCUUUACUAGGACCCCUUGACUGGGCGACUUGUAGCAAAAUCCAUAAGUUCAAGACAUUACGAAAUGAAGGUGAGUGUUCCAUGAAUCUGCCAUGAAUGUUUGCGCAUAAGUAUCUUAUGUUCAAAGCGAACUGUACUCAUUGAAGAUUAAUCAAUGGCUCUAUCGAUUUUCCAACAGCAAUGCUUCGGCUUGGGAUGGUCAUCGAAAGCUUCGUUCAGUAUGGAGUGGUGGUCGCCCCUGGUGAAAUGCACCGAAACCAACAGGAAAUUCCAGCAGAGGUAGACUUAUGGAACGUUAUCGUAGCUUUCGAACACCCAUUCAGAUUACUUUUUGGAUAUCUAGGGAAUACUUUGAGUGCCUUUAUUGAAGACAUUGAACUGGGAAGUCUAUCGAUAACCGUUAAAUGUAGCUCACUGAAGAUCCUUUAAGGAUUGUGGGAAGAUUACGUCAGCGGUCACCUUAAUCAAGUGGUUCAAGAAACGCUGGUGACAAAUGAGGUCUUGGAAAACCUUGGCCUCGAUGACGUGAAGCUGAAAGUGUUCAUUUCUGAGGAGGAGUAUCGAAACGGAAAACGGAUCCUCACGGCCGAGAAUUCAGGUUUGCACUAUCCUCGGAGACCCAGGUGCAGAAAGUGGAAGCGAGGAAAAGUCUAAACGGGCGGAAGAAAUUGGUGCGAAGAAAAGUAAAGAAUGUUCUUUACUUUUCUUCGCACCAUUUUUUCCUGCCCGUUUAUAGACUUUCACUUUCCCCCACUAUCUGCCCCUGGGAAUUCCGUAACUGGGCGUGACCUUUAGAUUGUUUUAAGUAAUAUGAGGAGCACGGGAAAAGAGGGAAAGAAAUAGACGUUUAAAGCCCUUUAAACAUGUAGGCGCUAUAAUAAUUUUCAGUAAUGCAGACGGACUCAAACUUCUCUGAAAUUGUUCAAAGAUAGAAUUUGUCCUAGAGACCUUAUAAAUGAAGGGAAGAGAACUCCCCCUGGAGUCGACCGGUAGAGUAAUAGAAUGGACAAGGAUUUGCAUGGCGCUUGAUUCGUGGUGGCUCGCAACAGACAGUUACCAGUAAACGUACGAUUUUUUUUCUAGAUAAACGCCCUCUAUUAUUCAAUUAACAUUAAGUAUUUUAUCAUAACUUAGUCUUACGUAUUAGUAUUGUUGCUUCCAGAUGUUAUUUCUGAAUAAUUAAACCGCUGGGCAUUUGGUUUUAAACAAAAAUGCAAACACAUCAACCCCUUCUUUCUCAGUGUGGUAUGGGCGUAAUUGUAUGCUGUGGGGCUGCCAAUAGUUGUAAAUGGAGUUGGGCGCUAUUCUCACCUGUCAGUCGAUCACUAUAACAUAAUUUAUCAUCAUCAUCAUUAUUAUUAUUAUUAUUAUUAUUAUUGUAGACUCUAACAACAAUAGCUAUAGAUACUUUAUUAUUGGGAUGUACCAAGAGACUAUGAGGUCUCUUGGAUGUACAUAGACAUUUUCAUUUUUUAGUUUAUAGACAGUUGUUUACAUUUGCUCUGUUGAAACCACCAGACCACCAAGAAGUCUUUUUUAACUAUAGUUAUACUAAAUUUGUAUUUAACUUUCAAUUUGAGAAGAGUUUAAUAAAGUAUUAUUCAACAUUAUGAUUAUGAUUAUGAUUAUGAUUAUUAUUAUUAUUAUCAUUAUAAUCAUAACUAUAACAAAAGGACAGUACGCGUCAUGCCUAAGUAAUUGGACAGUACGCGCCAUCGCGCGCGCGCUUAAAUGGCUUUUUUUUUUUUCACUGCUAGCAAAACAAAAUUUCGAAUUUCUUGUGUUUUGAUUUAAAAAAUAGCCUAUUAUAUCACAAAUUUUGUUAACGUUAUGAUUAAUUGGUAACAGAACCUCGUGUCAUCCAAUUCGGUCUGUAAUCAUACUCGUGAUGAGACAAAUCGGACUCCCGCUACGCGGUCGUCCGAUUUUGUUAAUCACUCGUAUGAUUACAGACCGAAUUGGACUCCACUCAGUCCUGUUACCAUUACUUAUUAUUAUCAUUAUUAUUAUUACGUUUGGUAUCUUUUAAAAUUCUUCCUCUGUGUUAAUUAAGAAUAAGUGCAAGAAACAUUCGGAACUUUUUAAGAAUACAUCUAUUUAAAAAGGCUCAGUUUUUUUAAAUGUAACUCCUUUUGUAGAUUAUUUAUAUUGACUUAUUCUCUUCCAUUUACUAGUUUUUUUCAACAUUUUAUAUAGCUUUCCUCUUGGCGACUUUGUAACAUUAGAUAUGUGUUUUUAUCUAGUAAUCAGUAAUGAAGAAUUUAUUAUAAUUAUAAUAAUGAUUAUUAUGACUAUCAUUACUUUUAUUAUUUUUAUUAUUUUUUUCAUGACGAUUUAGAAUCAUCUGAACAGAGCCCUGCUUUGGAAGAAAAAAACACUCAAGUCAAGGAUCGCCCAGGUUUAGGAUCGGUUCCUCCAACUGAACCCAUAACAACUGACCAAGAGAAGCAAAGGACCCCUGAAAGGCGUGUUUCAAUUAUUUGUCCGCAAGUAUUUUUGAUUUCUGGGAAUGAAAUCACGAGAGAGAGGGUGGUUUUUGAUCCUGACGUGGGAAAACUCAUUUGUUCAAAGAUACUUAAGGAUAUUAGUGACAGAGCUAUAGUUGUAGAUAUGAACAAAGCGGGAAUAGGCGGAUUUUUUUGGUUCUGUAGUUCAGCUUCAUUUUAAAGUAAAGUCCUGGUAAUAACAUUACAUUCACAGAAAUUCUACUCACUUGGGGCAAAUUGGCCUAAAGUCUAGGUUAUAUUUGUCAGCAAAGCCAUUU